CGCUAGCUCACGUGGUUGCAGUGCUACCGGGAUUUUAAAAUAGUUACGCAAAACGGAGCGUGCCCGCUCCAACCGGCUUUAAAGGGUUAAAGCUGUUUUGACUCUACGUUUGCCUCUAUGAGUUCUGCGUUUGGGUCCUCGUCUCCUGCCUGCACACAGCACACACCAUGACAGAACUAAACAUUUCCAUCAGUGCCUUAAUAAUUUUUCACAUUUGUACACUUUAAAUUUUAGUGGUAUGUGUGAGCAACAUGCUUACUAUGUAGAGAUCUGCUUAUGGUUCAGACCAGUAAACAUUUUCGCAAAUGUUUGUUUUGCUAUCAUUUUUCUUCCUUGUGCCUUCAGAUGUCCUACACCAACAUGCUAUUGAGGAAGAAGAGGCUCUUACAGAACAGCGGGUCUUUAACCAGGAGAGGAACUCUAGUCUGGACCAGGAGGACCCAGAGCCUCCACAGAUUAAAGAGGAACAGGAGGAAGUGUGCAGCAUUCAGGAGGGAGAGCAGCUUGGACUGAAGCAGGAGAGUGAUACCUUCAUGAAGACUCCUACUUAUGAGGAAAGUCACCACAGUGAACCAGAACCAAACAGUGAGCAGCUCCUUUCUCACAGCUCUCCUGAAGCAGAGAGCAGAUAUCAUGAAGAAAAUGGGCAUGUGGACUCUGGAUCUACUAGAAAUGCAGAGCUGAAGAAGAGACAUCACAGUCAGAGAGUAGACAACAGUCCUGUGUCAGUGAGUCAAAGUAGAACUGACACAAAGAACAAGUCUGUACAAUGUGACGUGUGUGGAAAAAGUUUACAGAAUAAAUACAAAAUGACUACACAUCUAAGAGUUCACACAGGUGAGAAGCCGUAUUCUUGUAACACCUGUGGGAAAAGAUUUACUACCUCAUCAACAUUAAAAACACACAUGAGAAUUCAUGCUGGCGAGAAACCGUAUUCUUGUAAUGCCUGUGGGAAAAGAUUUAUUCAGAAGUCACAACUGGAAAGUCAUAUAAGAAUUCACACAGGUGAGAAACCAUAUCCUUGUACGACCUGUGGUAAAAGAUUUGCUCUUCCAGCAGCAUGCAAAACACACAUGAGAAUUCACACAGGUGAGAACUUGUAUUCUUGUAGACCUGUGGAAAAAGAUUUCUGGCCCAUCAGCGUUCAAAAAACACAUGAGAAUUCACAGCAUGGUGAGAUGCCGUAUUCAUGUAGCACCUGUGGUAAAAGAUUUGCUGCAUCAUCAGUGUUCAAAAAACACACAAGAAUUCACACAG